UCUCCGAACUGCUCUCUGCUUUCACGUAGCAUGGACAUCAGACGCUUUUUGCUUGGAUUAUGUGUCCUUUACUACGCUUGCAGAUCUCUUUCAGCAGAGUCCACCUGCAAGCUGAAGGCCAAGUUCAACCUGAACGGCUACAAGAAUGUAGAAAAGAAGAAGGUCGUGAUCGGCGGGAUGUUUCCUGUUCACAUGCGGAUUGCCUCCAGUGAUGGCAACACUUCGAGUGUGCCUGUCUCAUCGGGGUGUGAGGGAUUUAAUUUCCGUACCUUCCGCUGGACCCAGACCAUGCUGUUUGCCAUCAAUGAAAUUAACGCAAGGAAUGACUUGCUUCCCAAUACCGACCUGGGCUACGUCAUAUACGACUCCUGCUUCACCAUCUCCAAGGCCGUGGAGGGCACCCUGACCUACCUGACGGGCCAAGAUGAAGCUGUACCCAACUACCGCUGUGGCAGUGGGGCACCUCUGGCAGCUCUAGUAGGUGCAGGAGGCUCUGACCUGUCCAUUGCCACAGCCAGGAUACUUGGACUUUAUCAUUUCCCACAGGUCAGUUAUUGUUCAACAUGCUCUGCCCUGGAAAGCAAGUUCCAGUUCCCCACCUUCUUAAGGACCAUUCCCAAUGACAAGCACCAGUCUACAGCCAUGGCCCAGAUGGUGCUACACUUUGGCUGGACCUGGGUGGGAACCAUAGCUGCUGAUGAUGAUUAUGGCAAAUACGGAAUCAAGGACUUCAAGGAGCAAGUGGAAGAAGCUGGAGUCUGCAUCUCCUUCUCUGAGACGCUGCCCAAGGUGCAUUCUCCAGAAGCCAUCCAGCGUAUUGUUGAAACUGUAGUUGAGUCCACAGCCAAGAUCAUCGUGGUCUUCUCAUCAGACGUGGACCUCAGUCCUCUCAUAGGUGAGCUGCUCCGCCACAAUGUGACCAACCGCACCUGGAUCGCCAGCGAGGCCUGGGUCACCUCCGCCCUCAUCAACCGGCUUGGGGUGAACUCAGUCCUGUCUGGUACUCUGGGAUUUGGGGUGAAGAGGGCUGAGAUUCCUGGUCUUCAGGAACAUCUACUGGAUCUGGAUCCCUAUGCUGACAAGCUUACUGAGGAAUUCUGGGAAACGUUGUUUAACUGCACAUUGGACUAUGGCAAAGCACUGAGACUGUCCAGACAGAGGGCCGCGGAAGUUAACAACACACUAUCCAGAGCAGUGAGGGCGGUUCUUCCUGGGCUGUGCACUGGGAGUGAGUCUCUGGCGCAGCUCAGUAACACCUACUCUGACGUUUCCCAGUUACGAAUCACUUACAGUGUGUACAAAGCAGUGUAUGCUGUGGCCAACGCCUUGCACAACUUGGAGCACUGUGAAAAAGGAAAAGGGCCCUUCACUGGGGGCAGCUGUGCUGACAUCACCGCGUUUGAGCCGUGGCAGCUGAUGUACUACCUGAAGAACGUGCGUUUCGUUGUGCCGAACACACUGGAGGAGCUCUACUUUGACGACGGGGACGUGGUGGGCUUCUAUGACAUCAUUAACUGGCAGGUCAAUAGCAACGGGGAGAUUUCUUACGUCACUGUGGGGCACUAUAAUGCCUCUGCAGCCCCAGAGGACAGGAUGAACAUAAUGAAUGACUCCAUUGUGUGGAACAAUGAAGUGUUGGAGCCUCCUCGAUCAGUGUGCAGCGAGAACUGUCAGCCAGGCACCAGGAAGGGGAUCCGGCAGGGAGAGCCAGUCUGCUGCUUCGACUGUAUCCCGUGUGCUGAUGGAGAGAUCAGCAACACAACAGAUGCCCGUGAAUGUAUCCUGUGCAGUGGAGAUGACUGGUCCAAUGAAGCGCACGAUGCCUGUAUACCAAAAAUCAUUGAGUUCCUGGCCUUUGGAGAACCUUUAGGAAUCACUCUGAUCGUCAUUUCUGCCUUUGGAGCUUUAGUCACCAUUGCUGUCGGGAUGGUGUUCAUUGUGAACAUUGGCACCCCUCUGGUGAAAGCCAACGAUGCUUUGUUGACUUUUUCGCUUCUCUUCUCGCUGAUAGUGACCUUCCUCUGUUCCAUUGUCUUCCUCGGGGAGCCGCAGCACUGGAGCUGCAUGACCAGCCAAGUAGCUUUGGCUCUGGGCUUUGCUCUUUGCCUUUCCUCCAUCAUGGGUAAGUCAGCAUUGCUAAUGCUGAGAGCUCAGGCUCUGAAAGCAGCCCGAGUCAGAGCCAAAGCAGCUGCCAAAGCUGCAAAGGCAGCAGCCGAAGCAGCAGCGAACAGCGGAAGUCCUGAUGUCAUUGUAACCAACACGACAAACAACAAUGAUGCCGGUGCUGCUGCAAACCCAGAAGUAGAUCGCAUUACUUGUGCCCAGCAGAGGGCAAUAGCUGCUGUGGCAACGCUAAUACAGGCUAUAGCGUGCACAGUGUGGCUCAUCAUCCUGCCUCCGUACCCGGUCAAGAACACCUCGGCCCAGAACAUAAAGAUCAUUCUUGAGUGUGACGAAGGCUCUGUGGUCUUCAUCUGUUGCAUCUUUGGUUAUGACAUCCUGCUGGCUCUGCUGGCCUUCAUCUUUGCCUUCAUAGCCCGCAAACUGGAGGACCACCUCAGUGAGGCAAAGUGCAUGACCUUUGGGAUGCUGGUCUUCUUCAUCGUGUGGAUCUCCUUCGUCCCGGCUUACCUCAGCACACGCGGCAAGUUCAUGGUUGCCGUCCAGAUUUUUGCCAUCCUGGCCUCCAGCUUCGGCCUGCUGACUUGCAUCUUCCUGCCCAAGUGCUACGUCCUUUUGGUCAAACCGGAACGCAACAAGGAGGAGAUGAUGAGGCCCCGCGCCAAACCCCGAGAUGGAUCCUCGACCGGGACCUCGGCCUCUCUCGCUACAAACGCUACUGAGGUCACUGCUACCACUGUGUCCACUGCUAUAGAUGACUAGUGGAGAACCAAACCAAGAUACAAAUUGAAAAUAAUAUUAAGUGCAGCUGUGCCUCUGAUUAGGUUUUUCUAGGCUUGUUAUUCAUUCUGUUUGGUCGAUAAUUUAACAGGCAAAACAUUACUCACAAAUAUCUAUAUUUAUAUUGACUUAAUAUACGUAGGCCAUUUUACACAGGAUCAUUUUAACAAUCAAUGUCCAUGAGGAAAGAAAACUGCUACCUCAACUAUAAUAUAAGAUUGUCAAAAUUACAAUAUCUGUAAGCCUUCUAAAACAUUUUUUUAAAACAAGUUCAGCCUCUUAAUGCUACUGCUAUUUAAUUUUGGUAGUGUGAUUACAUCUAAGGCAACAUGUACCUCAGAUAUCUUACUGCUGCACCUGUAAGCGUAUAUUUCUUGCACAUUUGGUCCAAAUUAUCACUUUCUAUCACCAGAAUAACGUCAGUCAGUGUGAUACUAAUUGCUGUAACUCUUAAUGUUAUUUUAAGCCACUGUGUUUUCUCUUGUUAAAGCAAUAAAUCAAUAUUAUUUUUUUGCCCAGUUUUAAA